AUGGCCGAGUCCCCCGAGGAGGUGGCAGUGCUGGUGCAGCGGGUGGUGAAGGACAUCCGCAACGCCUUCAAGCGCAACCCCCACAUAGAUGAAAUUGGAUUAAUACCCUGCCCUGAAGCCAGGUAUAACCGGAGCCCUAUAGUCCUGGUAGACAACAAGCUUGGUGUGGAGAGCUGGUGUGUCAAGUUUCUUUUGCCAUAUGUCCACAAUAAACUUGUCCUCUACAGACAAAGAAAACAAUGGCUGAACAAGGAUGAACUGAUAGAUAUCACAUGUACACUGCUGCUACUGAACCCAGAUUUCACCACUGCUUGGAAUGUAAGGAAAGAAUUAAUACUGUCUGGCACUUUAAAUCCACUUAAAGAUUUGCAUCUUGGAAAACUGGCGUUAACCAAGUUUCCAAAAAGUCCAGAAACGUGGAUUCAUAGACGAUGGGUGCUGCAACAGCUAAUUCAGGAAAACUGCUUACCCACUCUUGUGACUAAAGGAAAUUUGGGAGCAGCACCUGUGGAGAGAAUUCACCGAAUAGUGCAGGAAGAAAUGGAUGUCUGCUCUGAAGCUGCUGGGAGAUACCCAAGCAACUACAAUGCCUGGUCCCAUCGCAUCUGGGUUUUGCAGCACUUGGGAAAACUGACUGUGAAGGUUCUUCUUGAUGAACUUUCUUCCACUAAAUAUUGGGUAUCCACACAUGUUUCAGACCAUAGCGGAUUUCAUUACCGCCAGUUCUUGCUGAAGUCCUUGAUAGGCAGAACUAUGCCUGACAAUAAUAUGCUAGUACAAAAACAAAUGAUAAAUGAGCAAACCCCUAGCCUUCAAAAGGAGGAGGAAGGUGAAGUGGCAGAGGCUGCCUGUGCAGAAGAACAGAGCAUGGAUCUCCCCCAUCAUUUAAACGAAGAGUUAGAACUCUGCACUGAUUUAAUUGAUACUUAUCCAGGGCAUGAAACUUUGUGGUGUCAUAGAAGGCGUGUAUUCUACCUUCAGCACCACCUACACAACAAAAUUCCUCUUCUAAAUGUGGUGGUGUCAUCUGUGGACAGCAGUGAUGAAACUUUGAAUAGUUCACAACCCAGUCCUGCGACCAGUCACCUGGCACAUGCUAUGGAUGUUGAUGGUUUGAAUGAAUCCAGCAGCAAGCAAGGUUAUACCCAAGAAACAAAACGUCUGAAGCGUGCCCCUAUGCAGGACUCCCUUGGCCCAGAAAUGGAAUACAGGUUCAUUGACAAAGUUUUGUCAACUUGUAGAGACGUGGAUCAAAUCAGAUUUGCUACUGCAUAUCGAAAAUGGUUAGUUACUUUUUUAGGUCAGUGAAGGAAAAGUUCAAAGCCUGCAGGGUGAUUCUUAUAGUGCAAUAUUCUCUUUUCAGACACAAAUGCAUGUCUUGGUUGCAAGUGUUAGCUAACCAUGUGAUUCUCACUUUUAAUGGUCAAUGCUAAAGUUCAUAUUCAGAGUAGAUGUCUGUCACUCUAAUAAAGAACUAGCAUACUAUUUUGCUAUCUUUAAUCCUUUUAAAAAUCAUUCUCUUUCUACUUGUGGCAGCUUCC